AUGUCAGGCUCAGAGCCCUUGCCGGAUGACUAUGUCGCCCAGCUCCUCGCCAAAGAUGCAAAGGCCAGCAAUGCGAAGUACUCAGCUUACGGUCUACAAGAGCAUCUACCCCGGAGGCGAGCUUCUGUUAAUCCCAACACAAGGUUCCUGAAGAACAUCAUCAGAGAAACCAACAAUCACAAUGCUGCUUUACGGACCAAGGAAGUCGAAGAAUCGCGGGCACGUCUUCGAGAUUUACGUGAUAGCGACAAACGGAUAUCAAGCCCCAGAGACUCCAGUAUUCGACUGAACAGCGAAGGUCAUCACCGUUCAAAGCGACGGCGGACUAGUGGUGAAGAUGAAGGAGAGCGUGAUCUACGGCGACACCUUGAAGGCAGACAUUCGGGGCGAGAUAAAGGUGAAGUUUAUCGAAGCAACGCAUCCAGCCGCAAGCACCUCGAUGACCGCUAUGGUAGCGAGGAUGACGAGGAGGAACGACAUCACAAACGCCGGCAUCGGCAUCACCAUCGAACCCACCCUCGACCCGAUGACAAUGAGCUGUAUGAGCACGACCGGCGCAGCACGAAGAAUCGAAGGCGAAGCAGGUCACGGCAACCACCUUCACCACGAUCAGACGGAAAUAAUCGUCAGCGUCACCAUCGCUCACACCGCCCAGCCAGAGACUCCUCAUCCGCUACCACAGACAGCAAUAGGCGCGAUAGCUCUGCAUGGAGAGUGAUCGGGGAUCAAGCACCACGCAGCUCUCUAGCCAAUGGUGACGCGAAUGGGGAAAAGCGAGCCACGUCUCCAGGCUCAGACUCUGAUCCCCUAGAUGCCAUCAUAGGCCCACCACCCCCACCUCCGGCUCCCAAAGUUCAGGCACGCGGCCGCGGCAACUUCUCGUCUUCCUCCGCAAUGGACUCACACUUCUCUUCAAACUAUGAUCCAUCGGUCGACGUUCACCCGGAUCCGGAAAUGGACGAUGAUUGGGACGAGGCAUUGGAAGCGAUCCGGGAUCGCCAGCGUUGGCAAAAGCUAGGGGCUGAGCGGCUGAAGUCUGCGGGCUUUACGGAAGAGGAGGUGAAGAAGUGGGAGACGGGCGGAGAGAAGAGGGAGGAGGAUGUCAAGUGGAAGGGACGGGGCGAAGGAAGAGAAUGGGACAGGGGCAAGGUUGUCGGGGACGAUGGUGUGGAGACUCGACCUGAAUGGGGGAGGUUGAAAGGGACUUGA